CUCAAAAGUGGACCCCUGUUGACUUUGCGGCUUUGUGUCUUGGAGUUUGGAGUCGCUAACUCCUACGAGGCGAAGUUCAUGAUGCGUGCAGCGUUGAGUGUGUGGGUCUUAUCGGCGGUGGUCUGCCUGGGGAGCGGUGAUGCUGCCGAAGGUCGUGCCCGUCGCAGCGGUCCUGAACAGCAGUUGACUGAACCCGACGGCCACAGCGCCAGACUCUCCCAGGUGUCUUCUGCCAGCAAUGCUUUCUCCUUCCGCCUCUACAAGACAUUAGCGGCUCAGCCGGACUCAAAAGACAAUAUCUUCUUCUCACCGAUAUCUGUGACCGUUGCCCUGGCUGCCUUGUCUGUCGGGGCCCGAGGAGAGACCCACCAGCAGCUUUUCAGCAGUCUGGGCUUGAACAGCUCUUUACUGACACAGGCAGAAGUAGACAGAGCCUUUCAAACACUCCUUACCAGGUCCGACAACACAUCCCAAGACCUGAACGCAGGAACUGCAGUGUUUGUACAUGACAGCUUCAAGCCACAGCCUGAGUUCCUCCACAUACUGAAGCGCUCGUACCAGGUUGACGGAUUCACCGUGGACUUCACCAGAACCGCAGAAACGACUGAUACCAUAAAUAAGUAUGUGGAGGAGAAGACCAAUGGGAAGAUAGACAAGCUGGUGGAAGACCUGGAUCCUAGCACCCUCAUGUAUCUUCUCAGCUACAUAUACUACAAAGGACAGUGGGAGACUCAAUUCAAUCCCACCGACACCAAGGAGGAGAUGUUCAACGUCGACGAGCAGAACAAGGUCGCAGUCCAGAUGAUGAAACUGAAGAAGAUAUUCAGAGUCUACCAUGAUCAUGAGGCAGCUGUGUCAGUCCUCCACCUACCAUUAAACAACUCUAACUCUAUGUUGCUGAUACUGCCUGACAAAAACUUGAUGAAGCUGGAGGAGGCCUUCUGCCUAAAACACAUCACAAAAUGGCUGAAGUGGAUGAAGCCCAGGCUAUACACCAUAUUUCUACCUAAAUUGUCUAUCAAGACAACGUACUCCCUGAAGGAAGUGUUGAGCGGGAUGGGAAUGCAAGACAUCUUUGGUUUUGAAGCAGAUUUCAGUGGUAUUUCAGACCGUCAGCGUCUGGCUGUCUCGGAGAUUGCACACCAAGCCACCUUGGAUUUGGAUGAGGUUGGAGCGACCGCUGCAGCUGGUACCGGCAUUGCCAUCGUGCCUCUAUCCUCCCAAAUGGUCCCUGUCUUGAGGUUUGAUCGUCCAUUCGUGGUUCUCAUCACUGACCCUGCCACGGAGACCAUCCUCUUUAUGGGGAAAAUUGUUAACCCAAACAUCUGAGAGAAAACCCCACAGCUGUCAGACAUUAAACCCCAUUUAAAAACUGACCUACUGUGAUUCCCUGCUUUGUGGUCAACGUGAACCAAAACAUGUUUAUUGUUCGUGUGGUGUUUGUUUUUUUGAAUAUAAGUUAACAUCAGAGUUGGGGUUAAGGUCAACCACAAUUCAACUGCAAAGAGCAGCGCAGUCUCAUUCUUUCCACCCCGUGCCAACAUUUGAAUUUUGUCAAACGCUGAGUGGGCAAGCAUGAAAAUGCAAAUGCAAUGGUGUUUUUGAAUAUGCACGAUGACCUUUAUGUUGUAUAAUUAAAUGAGAAUAUAGCUUGCAUUUUUUUUCUUUGCAUUUGAAUUUUCAAAUCUGACAUCAAGACAUUUAAAUGUUGACCUUUAUGCAGAAAAUUACAUUUGAAAUAGUUAUUUCUGCAAACGUGCAUAAUGAAAAUGAACCGAAAUGAGUGCAAAUUAAUCUCAACAUGCAUAAGAUGAAAAAUACAAUGUAAUAGAGUAUAUUUUCAUUUGAAUAUAGCCUAUUCUGAACACCCAUACUUUAGGUAUAUACAUAUUUCCUCCUCUCCGCGGGUGAUCAUUGUGGUUAUCAAUAAUAAUGUCAAAUGAAAAGCUUUAUUUCUAUAAGAAGUAGACGAGGGCUUGUU